AUGUGUAAUAAUCUUUUCUACACCUGUCUGUUUGUGUUGCAGGCCCCGAGGCUUCGGUCGGCAAAUGCCGUUUGCAAUCAGCUAGUGGCUUCCUCCGCUUUCAUCGCACCUAGAAUCGACAAUGCUGCAGGUGGCAUGCUUAGAAAUUUGCAGGAGAGGUACCGCUCAAGCUACACUGGUAGCUUUCCACGCUGGAUACGGGAACUGGACUCCCCGAGUGAAGCUUCUCUGCUUAAACAGAUCUAUAAAAGCGAUCCAGAAAGAGUUGUACAAAUCUUUGAAAGGCACCCUUCAUUGCAUUCCAACUCUGCUGCUCUUUCUGAGUACAUAAAAGCUCUUGUCAGUCUUGACAGGCUGGAGGAUAGCCCCCUGCUCAAAACAUUGCAGAGAGGAUUUGCUAGUUCAACAAUUGAGGAAGAAAGACGUACUGGUCUCGCUGCUUUCGGGAGUGUGGGUCGGCGGACAAAAGAUGGAGCUCUUGGUACUGCGAAUGCACCUAUUCACAUGGUUACUGCAGGAACUGGCCAAUUUAAGGAGCAGCUUUGGAAAACCUUCCGAAGCAUUGCACUUACUUUCCUUGUGAUCUCCGGCAUUGGAGCUCUCAUUGAAGACAGGGGAAUUAGUAAAGGACUUGGUUUGAAUGAAGAGGUUCGGCCCAGCAUGGAUUCAACCACAAAGUUCAGUGAUGUCAAGGGAGUUGACGAAGUUAAAGCUGAACUUGAGGAAAUUGUUCACUACCUACGAGAUCCCAAGCGUUUUACGCGCCUUGGUGGAAAGCUUCCUAAAGGUGUUUUGCUGGUGGGACCACCUGGAACUGGAAAAACCAUGUUGGCAAGGGCUAUAGCUGGGGAAGCUGGUGUUCCUUUCUUCUCAUGCAGCGGUAGUGAAUUUGAGGAGAUGUUUGUGGGUGUUGGGGCUAGAAGAGUGAGGGACCUGUUUAAUGCAGCAAAAAAACGAUCUCCUUGUAUAAUAUUCAUUGAUGAGAUUGAUGCGAUUGGUGGGAGUAGAAAUCCCAAGGAUCAACAGUACAUGAAGAUGACCUUGAAUCAGUUGCUUGUUGAACUGGAUGGCUUUAAGCAGAAUGACGGGAUUAUUGUCAUCGCGGCCACUAACUUCCCUCAGUCACUAGAUAGGGCACUUGUUAGGCCUGGGCGCUUUGACCGUCAUAUUGUGGUUCCUAAUCCAGAUGUUGAGGGUCGGCAGCAGAUCCUGGAGACUCAUAUGUCAAAGGUUUUAAGAGCUGAUGAUGUGGAUCUGAUGACCAUUGCAAGGGGAACUCCUGGUUUCUCAGGUGCAGACCUUGCGAACUUGGUGAAUGUAGCUGCUCUGAAGGCUGCUAUGGAUGGAGCAAAAGCUGUUACAAUGCAGGACCUUGAAUAUGCUAAGGACAGGAUCAUGAUGGGCAGCGAGCGCAAAUCAGCAGUGAUAUCUGAUGAAUCCAGGAAGAUGACUGCGUAUCAUGAGGGAGGGCAUGCCCUUGUUGCAAUUCACACAGAGGGCGCUCACCCUGUUCACAAGGCUACAAUUGUUCCGAGGGGAGUUUCUCUUGGUAUGGUUACGCAGCUCCCAGAGAAGGAUCAGUAUAGCGUUUCAAGAAAGCAGAUGCUGGCAAGACUGGAUGUUUGCAUGGGAGGAAGAGUGGCUGAGGAGCUUAUAUUUGGGGAAAGCGAGGUAACCUCCGGUGCCUCAGCUGACCUAAAGAACGCGACUCGGCUGGCAAGAGCCAUGGUCACCAAGUAUGGUAUGAGUAAGCGGGUGGGUCUUGUUUCCUACAGUGACAACAAUGGGAAUAGUAUGAGCGGCCAAACAAGUGGUGUGAUUGAUAAGGAGGUGAAGGAAAUUCUGGAGAAGGCGUACAAUAAUGCGAAGACAAUUCUGACAACUCACGAUAAGGAGCUUCACGCGCUAGCGAACGCCCUUCUUGAGCAUGAAACACUGUCUGGAGCCCAGAUCAAGAAACUACUGGCACAGGUAGACAAGAGUGACAAUAAGCAGAAGAAGGCUGCCAAGGUGCCACAGAAGACGCCAGAAGCUUCAGCUCCCUCCCAAUCACCACCACCAGCUGCAGCGGCGGCGGCGGCGGCGGCGGUGGCAGCAGCAGCAGCAGCACAAGAAGCGGCAGCAAAAGCAAAGGGAGUUGCAGGUACAGCAGCUGCAGCACAAGAAGCAGCAACGGCAAACACCAAGGGAGUUGCAGGUGUUGGCUCAUAG